ACUGCUGUUAAAUUCAAAUUUCAGCGCUAUGAAACUGUUGUUAACAUUUAACCAAGCUGUUAACUGUCAGCGCCGUUAAGGAAACAGCUGAUAGUUGACUGAUAACCUGAAAUUGUAGUUAUAAGAAGUGUUUGGUUUAAAAUGGAGUUGCCUGCACGCAUUGUGUAUGUUUGCAGCUUAUGUUUGCGGCAAUAUGAUUUACUGGAAGAUCUGCGCGGCCACAUGAUGUUAUAUCACGACUGCCAGCCCAUCAAAACGACGAACAAGAAAACACAGUCAGUGGAUCGAGAGUCCUUAACGCCGCCGCCACCUGCGGAACUGCAGCCGCUGCCCUUCAAGGACUUUCGCAUUGUGUUGCGUGCCAAUCAACAAGUGAAUUGCAGCUGCUGCAUCUAUAAAUUUGAGGAUCUUCACAAGUUGUCACUGCACUCCAAAUGCCACAAGGAUUCGGGUUUCAGCUGCAGUGAGUGCGGUCAGGACAUGCCCAAUUGGCGGCGCUGUUCGCUGCAUUUGUGGCGCAUGCAUCACCUGGAUGUGGAUCUAUUGCAAUGCCCCGUCCUUGGCUGCGAUUACAAAUCUCCAAUUUCGGCACUCGUCUGGCGCCACAUGCGCGUCCACAGGAAGUGGCGGAGUAGAGUCAUGCGACGCGAGCUGCUGCGUCGGCGAGCGCAGAAGCAGCAACAGCAACAACAAGAGCAGCAGCAGCGACAAGAAGAGCAACUACAGGAGCAGCAGCAGCAGAAUGAAUGUGCCGAUACACAGCAGUCGUUGCCAGCAACGGCCACAGCCAAGAAGACUAAAUACUAUGCGGAGAAAACGUGCGAGAUAUGUCAACGUAAAUUUGUGAACGGAAAAACGCUGUCCAAGCACGUAAAGACCGUCCACAAUAAGAUAAAACCCUUCAUUUGCAACGUCUGCGGCAAGAAGACGGCGCGGAAGGCGAGCCUAAUUAUCCACAUGCGCCAGCACACGGGCGAGAAGCCAUUGAAGUGUGAGAGCUGCAAGUUCUCCACGCGUGACCCCAGUUCGCUCUACAAGCAUCGACAGCGCCACAGCCUGGAGAAGAGCAGAGAAAAUGUCUGAUACCGACCACUUACAAUUUUAAUUAAAAC